GCGGCGACGAUGCUCUCAACUCGUUCUUCUCCGACAUUUGCGCCGGCAAGCACGUCUCCCAAUGCGCGAUGGUCGAACUGGAGCCCAUUGGGGUCGAGGAAGCACGCGCGGGCACCCACCGUCAGCUGUUCCACCCUGGGCAGCUCAUCUCCAGGAAAGAGGACGCCGCAAACAAUUUCGCGCGAGGGCAUUAUAUCAUCGGCAUGGAGGUCGUCGACCUCGUCCUCGAUCGGAUCAGGAAGUUGGCCGACAGCUGCACUGGCCUGCAGUGCUUUUUGGUCGACAAUGCCGCCAGCGGAGGCACUGGCUCCAGACUCCGCUGCCUGAUGCUGGAGCGCUUGUCUGUGGAUUACGGGAAGAAGACGAAGGUGUCUUGCGCCGUGAGGGCGUGCCCGCAGGGCCACAACAUCCGAGACGUGGUCACAGAAAACGCCAGGAACCACACGGGCUGGACGCGGCGCCUGCUGAUUUGUGGCAAGUGCCAUGGAGCCUGGUGGGGCGAUGCGACCGCCAACGUGGCUUGCCCCUGCCACGCAUGGAAUGACCUGGCAAACGACAAGCCCAGAGCAGACGCUGGGGGCUUCACGGCGGCGGAGAAGGAACGCAACAAGGUCAUGCGCCGCGCCAUGGUGAAGGCUGCGUGGGGCCCUGGGCAAGAUGUUGCUGACCGCCGAGGCCCGGGGUACUCGACGUGGCUGGCGGCGCGCUGUGGCUUGCACAAGUUGGACCGCCUUGAGACGGCCACGAGGAAAACCGUAAGGAAGAGGCAGAAACACAAGGACAAGGAGCUGGAAACGCUGGGGGUCUUUCUGGGGGCCAUCAAUGUCGCCAGCUGGUCUAAGCAUGGCCUGGCGGCUCUCCGGGCGGCCGGCGCGCGCGGCGCCGACGUCGCGUUUGUCCAGGGGCACAAACUCACGAGGCAAGGAAUGCGCACGGCGCAGCGGCUGGCUGCAAGGAGGAGCUGGCACCCCGUAGAGGGCACGGUGCUAGCCGAGACUCAGGGCAGGAAUGGCCGCGAUUGGCACAAUUACGGCGGCCUCGCGUGCGCCGCGAGGGGCACAUGGAGAGCUGAACGGCUGUGGCAGAGGAGGGAGAUAGGAGGAGAGGUUGCGGUCUUUCGCGCGCGCAGUGGCAGGCAGAUGCUGCGCGUGGGGGUCGUGCAUCUCCGGCGCAAUAGCCUGGUCCAGGCGCGCCGAGGAUUGCUCCUGGGUCUGCGGGAGUGCCUCGCCGGGCUCGGAGGUGCAGCUGUGCUCGGCGGCGACUGGAAUGUGGAGGCCUCGGGGGGCAUCCUCGGCGUUUUGAUUGGGGGUGGCCAGUGGCAGCCCGCAGUGCCGCAGUCGCCCACGAUGGCAGGAAGCAGCGAUGCCAGGAAUGACUACUUCCUGGUCCAGGGCGCGGUUGUCGGCGACGCAGUGGCGCACCGUGACCGGAUUGCGGACCACAGGUUGGUCACGAUGGGGCUCAAGGCGUGGGCCGAGGAGGAGACCGAGGUUUGGGCUUGGCGGCGCGCGGCGAGAUAUGGCGUCAGUACCAGACCACGCGCCAACAUGGACGAUGAAGACGACGGCUGGCUCGCGAGCGCCCGGCCGCCUCGUAGUCAAGGAACGGGCUACAAGGGAGACCGACACCCGGCGCACCGGCAGCGCCCGGAGAGCCAAAAGGCGGGCUCCGUGCAGGCGCGGCGCGAGAGGCAGCCGAGGGAACUCAUCGCCGCGUCGGAAGCCGUGCAGGAGCGAAGGGGGCCGCGGGCGCGUGACGGAGCGACCCAGGCGCCAUCGCGAAAGAGGGCGUACCUUCGGCGGAAACUUGGGCUGCCGCGGGCCGUUGGACCAGAUGGCGCAGAGGACCUGCGCGGGAAACUGCGGGAAGCAGUGGAGGUCAGCAGGGGCGAAAGGAUCAAAGUGUGGCGCGAGAGUAUACGUGAGGACAACAUGCGGAAGCGGACGUACAAAUUGAUUAGGAAUCCGGCGCAGAGCUGUGGAGCCGCCGUGCACGACGCGACCGAGCAGAGACAGUAUUCGGGCCAAGCUGCGGUGGAGAAGCUCCGUAGUUUUUAUCGCGGCCAUUUCAGUAGCGCAGGGUCUGGGAACCAGCCCGAGGAGUACAUGCUGCACUACGCAGAGGAGGUGGAGGAGGCGAAGGAGAAAAUCCAGCAGGCGGCGGCGCAGGAGGAUCGCCAUCAUCAGCACAUCUACGCCAUGAUCGGCCACAGUGAUUUGCGCUGGGGAGCCCCAUCAGCAGGCAGCGCGCGGCGGCUUUUGAAGAUGAUGGCAGGCGCCGCGGCUGGCCAAGACAAGUGGUUAGCGAGCGAGCUGCUCCCACUGCCAGACCUUGCUUACGAUGACCUGGUGGAGUUGCGCCUCGACUUCGAGGCGGGGGGCUGGCCCCCGAGCCUCAAGAGGUGGAGGCAGACCCACGCCCCGCAGGAGAGCGACAGCGCCCCGAAAGUGGACCGCAUGAGGCCCAUCGUCAUUGCCAGCACGGUGGUAAGAAUGUGGCACAAACACCGAGCAGAGCAGAUCGCAGAGUUCCUGGAGCCGGCUUUCGAGGCGGACCAAGCUGGCGGCCUGCGCCAGAGGGCGCUCGAGGGGCUCCUGGAGGGCACGCUGACGGAGGUCGAACAAACGAUUGUCGCCAGCAGGGUCGCGGGCACCCCUGCCUACGACCUCCUGAGCGAAGACGACAAGCAGAGAGUGGACAACAAGAAGGGCGCCCUCUACGGCUCCUCCUGGGACUUCGAGAGCGCCUUCGACAGGACGGGUCCAGCGAUUGUAGGACGCAUCUGGAAAGAGUGUCGCGUGCCCCAUGGCAUCGUGGAUGGCAUCGUGGACAUGCGGUGCAACCAGGAGCGGUGGCUUGAGAGUGCCGGCCUAGCCGCUAGUGAGCCCAUAGCGGUUUCACGGUCGUUGCCGCAAGGAGACCCUGGCACUGCCAGCAUGCUUGGCAUGGCCACCGUGCUCAUGCCGCCGACGCGCCGCAUGAAACGGAGGGUGGCGACGGCCACGUGCUGCGUGCACGCCGACGACCGCGCGGCCUGCGCGAGGAGCCUGGACGACAUGCAGGAGGUGGAACGGCACUGGGGGGAGCUGGAGCAGCUUACGGCGCUGCGGACGCACCCGGGCAAGACCCAGCGGUUCGUCGUCUCCGCGGACGCGCGCGACGCCGGCGAGGACCGCGGCGCCGACAGAGGCCAGGAGGAGGGGCAGGGCACGGAGGAGGAGCUGGCAUGGCAGAGGCUGGUGGAGGUGACGGACAGUUGCGGCCCGACGCGCUGCCUGCAGCGACACGUAGAAGCAAUGGGCUUCCACAGGGACACCCACGCGGCCGAUUGGAAGCAUGGCGAGAGGCACUUGCACAUAGACGACCGCAGGGGCAGAGCGGCGCACGUGCUCCGCGUGGCCUGGCGGCAGGGGCGUUGGGGCGCCUUCAAGGCCCAAGGGGCGACGAGACGAGACAGCAGAUUAGCUGUGGAGGAAGGCGUCGCCUUCGAUGAAAGAGCCUUCCACGUCGCGACGGAAGUGCUGCAGUUAGGCGCGCUCGGCAGCCAUGCGUCGGCCGUGCUCGCCGGGGCCUUGUGGAGCGAUGCCAGGCUGGAUGUGGCGAUGGGCAGAGAGCCGCGCCCGCGCCGCGAUUGCCCGAGCGGCGAGGUGCCAGACGUAGUCCACCAUUGGUGGCGCUGCGACAGGUGGGCCGGCCGGAGGAGAGGUAUUGCCACGCCGCGGAGCGCGCUGGCCAGACGGAUGGGAUGGCCGGAGGAGGCGCUCCAGGGCGCAGACGCCCGCCGGGCAUGGGGGAAGCAGCUCGAGUACAUGGCUGGCGUGCGCCAGAGCCUCGUCGAGGACCGCUACCGCGGAGCACGCGUCUUCAGAUCGAGCGCGAGGUUCGCGAGGCUCGCGGGCCCGGGCGAGGAUCUUCGAGCCCGGAACGUCACGAUCGCGACGUGGGCCGCGCGCCUGCUGCCAGUUGGCGAGGGCUGUCAGGAGAGGCCAUUCGAGGUCAUUGCCUUCGCAGCGAGCCAGAAAUGGGGCGCGGUGCGUUUGAUGCGCGGGGAGGUGAACCUGGAGCGCGGGGCAGCCAUCUUGACGAGCGACUCCUGGGCCGGCGAGUGGGAGAGCGCCGGCAGCAAGUACCGGGCGAGCGAGCGGGUGCUCUCUGUGGAGCGCCAAGUGAUUCGCGAGAUGGGCCCGCCUGCUGUGUUCUUGAUUAUCGCGUGCAAUGCGGGAUGGCCUUCACGCGCCGACGCUUCGGUCGUGGGCGGCCCGCCGCCCGUGGGCGCCGACCGGGGCGACGAGCACUACCUUGUGGGCGCGGUCUUCGGGAACUGGGCGCUGCGGGCCCGCUCUCUUGCAGCGGCUGGAGGAGACAUUGCGAAUCUCGCCUGGAGUGGGAGCAAGGUGGACAUCCGACAAGUUGGUUUCCAGGCAGGCUAUUACCGUGGGCGCAUGACAAGGACCAACCCGACGGCGACGUUGGCGGUGAGCAUCGUGAAGACGGUUCGGUUGAUCGAGCAGUGCUUGUCCAAAGCGCUGGCGCCUCUGUCCUACGCCACAUUUCCCAUCGGCACUGGCGACGGUGAGGGGUCUCGAACUGGUGUAUUCCAGGUGUUGGGAGUUGAAACUCGAUCUAUCGUUGCGCCCACAAUCGUCGACGCGCAGAGGGAGAGCCUGCUCUGCAAGACCACGGUUCAGGAGAUGUCCAUUUGGGAGGACGUCGCGCGCCACUUGCAGAUCCCAGAGAGGACCAGCCCUUUGCUGCAGAGCACAUGCGAUGCCCACUGCCUGAUUAAUUGUCGCUCGGGCAGCUCGUUCGUGACGUCCCGCUGCAAGCAGCACUGGGUUCAUUUGCUCUCUGCUCGCGCCGUGCCCGAAUGCCCCCGCCUCGUGUCGUCCCUUGGCCAAUGCGCUCCAUCGCCAGCGCUCUUGGGCAUCCUGCGAGACAGCCACAGGGCAGCCGACGAGAUGAGCGAGGCGGACGACGCGUGCUGCUACUUGUGCGAGGAGCCCUUAGAGGGGGAUCAGAACGUGAAGGUCUACUUCGGCGAGCAGUUGCACUCCGAGUGCCUCAACGCCGCGCGCUUCAGUCCGGGGGCGGACAUGGGUCAGCAGGACUUCAAGGGGGACGUCGGCAAGUGGCGCGCCAGGCACCUGGUGCUCGUGGACACCAAGAAGCGUCGCGCGGAGAUCGACGGGCUCAAGAGGAAGGUGAGCUGCAUCAAGUACGAGGGCACGUUCGAGAAGGCAACCUCGGGGAGGGGCGACCUGAUGCUGACUCGCAAGCGCUUCAAGGCCUACAUGGGCUUCUGGGAGCAGAUGUCCGAGGAGGAGUGCGACGCCGAGUUCGACAGCCGCUUCGACAAGGGCCCGAGGCGCGACAGCGACGUCGAGCAGGUGGUCAAGACCAGAGGGAACAGCGUCAACGGCACCUGGAGCGGCAUCCGCAACGAGAACGGCCAGAAGACUGAGGAUGCUGACUCGGAUGGACUUGGCGAUGAAGACGGUCCCCAGCCUGGCCUCCCGCGCAACGCUGCGGACGACGCGUCGAGCGCGUCUGGCCGCGCCGCCGUCAAGAGCCCAGCGAGUCGCCUUGGCACUCCGACCUCGGGUUCUGGAGCGGUUGGCGGGCGCGUUCGUGGAGGCCGCGCUUCCCGUGCUGACCCCCCCAUGGGCGCGCGCGCCAAGCACCUCGAGAAGAAGCAGGAGCUCGUGCCGACCGCGAAGGAGAUGACGAAGCAGUUCCAGGGCAAGUCGACUCCCCCCGUGAAGGUGGGGAAGUUCAAGGCCAAGCACGUGGGCCACCCAGACUUGCCAGCUGACGUCGACGAGGUCAUCGGGAAGCUGACCGAGAAGACGAAGGCCGCCAGGGAGUUCGCCACGCGGGUCGGGAGGGCCAAGGAGGGCACCAUCGACCCCUUGGACGUGGAGCGCAAGACGUUGGCUGAUGACAUCGCCACGGCGAUGGGCGACGGCCGCAGGCUGCUCCAGAGCCUCGAGAUCAUCGACGGCCAGGUGUCCAGGUGGGCUCUUCGCUGGCUGGCAAGACGUUCCCCCGUCCAGAUUGCGAAGCUGGUGGCACUUUCCAUCGCGAAGGUCUGGUCCGCGGCCGUGGAAAAGAUCGACCCCGCCGACCUCGACUCAGUGGCGGAUGCGCCGUGCUCUGCCCCCAAGGUGGCCGCGCUGGGAGACGUCGUCGUGGACGCCGCCUUCGACGAGAGCGCAUUCGACCACAAGAGGUUCUCGGCGUGGUCGAAGCCGCCAGAGUUCUUCAGCGACGCGGCGUCGAGCCUCGAGGGCGACUUGAAGCUCAAGACCAAGCGGCUCACCGAGAAGAUGGCCAUCAACACCGAGUGGCUCGGCGCGCAGUGCAAGCUCGACACCGAUUGGCUCGCUGCGUUCCCGUUGCCAGUGGCGGCGAUCUUCGCCACGCCUGUGUCCCACGAUGUGUUUUUCGUCUUCUGGAGCGCGGAGGCCAUCCUGAAGCAGGGCAUCGCGCUCACCGGCGCCAGGGCGUUCCUGUCGGGCGAGUCCGCGGAUGCCUUCAUCACAGACUCCGAGAACGUUGUCGUGAUCUUCGCGCCCAAGGGGUCGAUGAUCUACGUGCCCUGGGGUUGCCCCCCCCAGCCUGUCUUCUACUUUCCUGGCCAGAAGAACAAGGAGUGCGACGCGUUCCAGCGCAUCCUUCAUAUCCCGAAUAUGGCACAGGAGCACGCCAGUGCCAUGAGCGACGAUUUGCAGAAGGCUGCGAUGCACUUGAACACCUCGUACCUUUCGACGAUGGAGGGCCAGCAGUGGAAGGGCAGGAAGGCCAAGUGGGAGCAGUUCUGGACUGAGGCCGGGGCUGCGCCGCGAAGGUCCAACCUGCUGGCCAUCAGGGGUGAUUGGAAUUUCCAGAUGGGCCCAUCAGAGGAGUCUUCGUCCGGCCUGGGGCGGUAUUCCACGAACGUGCAGAAACAGGCCGGGGCCGAUCUGGAGCACUGGGCAUCGGGCAUGGGAUUCGCGUUUUUUGAUUCUCAUUUCUCUAUGCGCCACAGAGGCACGUGGCGGCACGGCAAGGGUCGCACUUGGCACGAGAUAGAUGGCUUCUUCGCGAAGGAGACGGGCCGCAACGUCCUUGGCGAGACCCGCCAGUUCGCAGCUUUGUUGCGGAUGUCUGGCCAUCGCGCUGAGGCCAGGGGCGACGACAGGGCUGUCAGCGCGGGCCUCAAGCGUGCUCGCGCAACUGGCCAGCGGCGGCCCCCGCCCGCGACGGUCGAGCAGCCGGCGCCCGUCGCGGCCGCGGUUGGGCAGGACAGGUGCGAGCGCGCAGAGGCCGAGAUCGAAGACGCCAUUGGUUUCCGGGGGGAGUGGAGCACCCGGGACGCCGCUGGCGUCGCCCUUCGCACGUGCGAGGAAGCGGAGGAGGUGCUGGCCGAGCUCUCCGCCGCCCGUGGCCGCUCGACCUGUCUUUCGGGCCCCGCGAGGGAGCUGGCGGACCUUGCAGUCCUUUUCAACCUCUUCCAUGCGGAGUCCACGACGACGGCCCGGUCGCGUCGCCACCAGUCGGCGCAGGCCUCCGACACUCUUGUCGGCGUACUUUGGGCGCGGCGCCCGGGCGCGCUCAAGCCGAGUCUCCGGGGCAAUCGGAGGCGGCUGAUCGGCCUUCAGCGCGCGCGGUUCGAACGCAUCCUGUUUGCAGAGGACGCGACCCUCAGGCGCGAGCGGCGGGAGGCUGCUGAUGCCGAGCGCACAGCGGCGCAAGGCCGCGGCGCGGCCCGCGCACGAGCGUUUGCAUUUGUGGAUUGGUGCCCCACGGGCGACCUGGCUAAAGUCAUGCGUGCAUGCUGCAUGAUCAGCAACUCCACCGCCAUCGCAGAGGUCUUCUUGCGUAUCGACCACCAGUUUGAUUUCAUGUUUUCGAAACGCGCGUUCGCGCACUGGUACGUGGGCGAGGGCAUGGAGGAGGGUGAGUUCUCCGAGGCUCGCGAGGAUUUGGCGGCGUUGGAGAAAGACUACGAAGAGGUGGGCAUCGAGACCGCG